AUGUCAGCUAAAUACCAUAUCUAUACGCCGGAAGUCAGAUGUCUACUGUACUGCUUACUGUUAACUGAGAAAUAUCAACUGAAUCUCAAUGUACAAUCACACAGAAUCACAAGGGACAAAAUCAGAGACAGAUAUUUCACUGAUAGUACUGAUGACGACUUGGUAGAUCUACCUGAUGCAAUCACAGAAACACACAAUGGUGUUACAACGUUUACAUCAGACGAUAUCCGACAUGACGUCAUGUACGCCUUUGUUACGGAGUGUUUGGUGGAGGACAGUGAUCUGGAGUUUUUCCUCACCACGGCAUCAGGGGACGUGAUAUCAGAAUACGGCAGGUCCUGGAACUAUAAGAGGAGUGAGGGAGAGAGAUGUCUGUAUAUACCGGACAGACCAGAGAAAAUGUACGACCUCUUCAUAGACAAACUACAGCUGGACAUCAUCACACACUGUACCGUGUCUGACGGGGGGAUUCAUCGCAGGAUCAGUGAACGUUUGGGAGUCCCCAAGGAAAUACUAGAGUGGGACCAGGAGGCCAGAGAGCGGUAUGUGGUGUACGCAAAGAGGGAAACACAGACAGUCCACCAUGCCCGGGGGAUGAUUGUAGGAUGUGCUGGGGCGGGGAAAACCACGCUUCUUAAACGCCUCCUCGGUUGUAGUGAAGAAGAGAUUAAGAAAGUAAAAUCUACUGAGGGAUUGGAGGUGCAUGAGAAAAUAUUUGAAGUCUGUGAUGAAACUAAAUCUUUGAAAAGUAAGAAGUGUGCGUACUACGCCUGUCAUCAGAUUUACCUUACCAGGAGAGCUUUCUAUGUGGUGGUGGUGGACGCUUCUAAACAUCUUGACCAGAAAGUGGAUAGACGUGUAUGUGAUCAAGUUGGAAGCAUUUUCUCUGGGUGGACGUAUGGAGGUAUUAGUGAUACAAAGUAG